UUCUAACACCAUCAACAUGAUUUCCUCUUAAUGAUUUUGUGUUCUCUAUAAUUUUACAGGAUAAACAAAGCCUUUUAUAAGCCCCAGAGAAAGAAGAUUCCCUUAUCUAAUGGCGCCAAUUCACAAAUCGGGGUUUAGUGAAAGAGAGAGUAACGCAGAAGGAGAAGGUUGUCAUGAAUGCGGGUCUGAAACCCUCUUGCAUGAAAGAAAGUAUUCCAAGAGAAGAACGGAUUCGCGUGAAUAAAAAACACUUGCAGAAGUUGCUUGAAGAAUGUCAUAGAAAGCUUGCGUUACUCAAAACCACCACCACCACUACGAACCCAAACGAUGAUGGCGAGGAUGCAGAGGGAUUUUCAUCCGAAUGUGCCGAUUCUGAUAAUAUUCAGCUAUGCGAUCUUAUAAAAUCAACAGUUGAGUCUCCCAAUUUCAUAGAAAAGCUGGGAAGUAUUCAUGUGUCAGCUCAAGAAAGCAUAAACGAGGAAGGUAAUUCUUGGGAUGUGAUUAAUGACAAUGAUUUAUGGGAAGAUGGUAACAUCGAUGGAGAUGUUGAGUCAGAUCAAAAUAGUUAUGUUUUUGUAAGGCAAGAAGACAUAAUGGAGGGGAUCGCUUGCUUUAUGGCUACAUAUUUGCUGUCCUUACAGCAAACAAGAGAACUAAGUCCCAAUGAACUCCAAGAAGUUCUGAGCAAAACAUUCUCCAUAAAUAAGAAAAAGGGAAAAUUUCAGAAGGCAUGGGAUGGAAGUAAAGUGAUAUAUAACCUAGCUUCAUGGGGAGCAACUGCUGCCGGGAUUUACCAAAACCCUGCAUUGUUUAAGGCAGCUUCUGUGGCCUUUUGGAGUUCUUGCCGCGUUUUAUCAGAGCUUUUCUGAGCACUACUGCACCUACUGUGUUAAGCUCUCGUAGUUGGGUUCUUCCUAAAGCUGAAAUCAUAAGGGAUCUGCAAAAUUAAGCUGUAAAAGAAAAUUGUGCCUUGGACUCGUAUCUGCAGGAGAAAUUGCAGGGUUACUUCUAUACUACUGUUCCGGACGCUUGAUUACCCUUGUCGCUUCAUUUUAUUUGUAAAUGGUGCAAAAUCACCUGUCAGUGACUCCUUGCAGGCUUGUACAGUUAGUCAAUGUUUAUUGGGGUAGCAUCUUUGUUUAUGUCCAAGUGCUUGUAUUAUGUCUUGGUCACUGAGAUAUCAAAUGAUAUCAAGCUCCAGCACAUAGUGCCGGAAUUGCUACAUCAUGAAGGGAAUAAAAGAAACUCAUUAUUAUAUAAUUGA